AUGGGCGGCUGUGGCUGUGGCUAUGUCCAGGCAGCACCCUAUGUGGAGUAUGCACCUCCCUAUCCGGUGCUCAUGGGCAGGUUGGAGCCGAUGUACGGCAUUGCGCCGCAGCCCUGUGUGUUGUCCACCCAGCCCACGGUCCCCAGUUUGCUGCCUGCACCUCCUGUGACCUACGGAUGGCAGGCACCUCCCUCAGCCUACGUGAUGCCUCCGGUGGCCAUGCCGACCAUCAUUGCUGAGCCGCAGGUGGUGCUGCAGCUUGCCCCAGCGGAAGCAAAGCCCAGUGAAGAGCGCUCCUCGAGACAUCAGUUGUUGCUGGAUGACUUUCUGAAGCCGGAUGAGGACUCGCUCGCUCCGGGACGCAAAGCCAUGGAUGGUGAUGCAAGGAACGAAGAGUAUAUCCAGAAGAAUUCAAAGAAGGUGUUGACUCCGGGCCUUGUGAUGGCGGACUCCGAAGAGGUGAAGAGCCCUCGCUGGAGGGAUGCUGAGUCGGUGGCCAACUUGUUCUCAGACGACAAGACCACAGUGAUGAUGCGCAACAUCCCAAACCGCUACACAUGCGAAGAGUUGCUGAGCGAAGUGAUGAUGGCAGGCUUUGAUGAAGCGUUCGACUUUUUCUAUUCGCCUAUGGACUUCAAGACCAAACGCAAUCGCGGCUAUGGCUUCAUCAACUUCCACACGGCGGACAUCGCCAAAGAGUUCGCUAUGGCCUUUCAUCGCCGACAGCUCUCCUUGUACUCCUCCAAGAAGAUCGUGGAGGUGGCGCCCGCCGUGACGCAAGGCUAUACAGCCAACAUGACCAAGUACUUCGAGAAGGAUUCCGAGCGAAUCAAAAACGAUUGGUUUAGACCCAUGCUGUUCUCGAAGAGUUCCUGCCUUCGAAAUGCGUGA